GAGGCGCGUGGGGCGGCAGGGGCGGCGCGAAGGCUCCACGCCAGGCUGCGCACGGCUCGCUAGCCGAACGCGCUCCGGGCUGCUCCAGCCCCCCGGACGCGGGAAGCAGGCUGCAGAGCUCCGGCGGGGAAGAACCAGGCGGAGCUCCGGGGCGCCCUGCCUCCUCCUGGGGACGCGGGGACAAGACCCGGAGGGCGGCGCGGGCACUGCCCGAGUUGCAGCCGCGACCCGCAGCUGCCGAGGGAUGAGCUGGCCAGGGCAGACGCCUUAGCCGGGUGCACGCGCCGGGCGGAGCGCGCAGGUGGGACUGCGCUCCCCGCGGUCCACCCUGCACGGGUCCCCGGCCGGCCGAAGGAUGGGCGCUGGUGCCCUGGGGCCGCGCCCGCUGCAGCUGCUCCCGCGCCAGCCGCGAGCCCGGCGUCCGGCCCGAGUCCCGCGCUCAUGGACGGCGGCUCCCGGCCGGCGGCGGCGCGUCCCCGGGCUGUGAAUGCGCCUCAGCCCCCGCCCGCGCUCCGCGCCCGCCUGCCCGCCGGGACACGGUAGGGGAUGCCCUGCUCCGCGGCGAUGGCAGUGGGCGCGCUCUCCAGCUCCCUACUGGUCACCUGCUGCCUGAUGGUGGCUCUGUGCAGCCCGAGCAUCCCGCUGGAGAAGCUGGCCCAGGCGCCGGAGCAGCCGGGCCAGGAGAAGCGCGAGCACGCGUCCCGGGACGGCCCGGGGCGGCUGAGCGAGCUGGAGCGCGCCGCGAGGGACGAGGGCGGCGGCGCCCGCGAGGGGAAGGGCAAGGGCGGCCGCGGGCUCAGCGGCCGGGAGGCGUGGAGCAAGCAGAAGCAGGCCUGGGCUGCUCUAGGCGGGGGCGCUGAGGCCGGGGACUGGCAGGGGCGACCCCGCGGGGACACCCCACAGGGGGAGCCCCCGGCCGCCGCCGCCCAGGAUGCACUCAGCCCGGACCUGGUGCCCACGCCGGAGCUGCCCGAGGAGUACGCGUACCCGGACUACCGCGGCAAGGGCUGCGUGGACGAGAGCGGCUUCGUGUACGCGAUCGGGGAGAAGUUCGCGCCGGGUCCCUCGGCCUGCCCGUGUCUGUGCACCGAGGAGGGGCCUCUGUGCGCGCAGCCCGAGUGUCCACGGCUCCACCCGCGCUGCAUCCACGUCGACACCAGCCAGUGCUGUCCGCAGUGCAAGGAGAGGAAGAACUACUGCGAGUUCCGGGGCCAGACCUACCAGACUUUGGAGGAGUUUGUGGUGUCCCCCUGUGAGAGGUGUCGCUGUGAGGCCAACGGCGAGGUGCUGUGCACAGUGUCAGCAUGUCCCCAGACGGAGUGUGUGGACCCCGUGUACGAGCCCGACCAGUGCUGUCCCAUCUGCAAAAAUGGUCCCAACUGCUUUGCAGAAACUGCUGUCAUCCCGGCCGGCAGGGAAGUGAAGACUGACGAGUGCACCAUCUGCCACUGCACCUACGAGGAGGGCACCUGGAGGAUCGAGCGGCAGGCCAUGUGCACCAGGCACGAGUGCCGGCAGAUGUAGGCGCCCAGGGGGGCGCACGCUGGCUCUUCUGGGACGCUUUACCAAUGGCGCAUUCUGGCUGACUCUGGGAGAUGUCACCCCAGAGGAGAAGUUUGAUAAGGAAUUGCUGGAGAAUGGUUGGUACUUUUUCUUUUCUUGGUCGCUACCAGAGAAGGCAGUGGAUGUGUUUCAAAACGUCAACCAGGACUCUGGGCAUAAAAAUCCCUCUCUAAAUAAAUGUGCUAUUUUCACAGUAAGUACACUAUUAUAUAAUAAAUGUAUUUCUAUAACCCCUCUAUUAGAGAGCUUAUAUAAAUGUUUUCUAUAGAUACAGAUUAAAACUGCUGUGUUGUCACCCGUC